UGAAAGGUGUGGCAGGAAGUGGCACAAUGUGGGAGUGUCACUGGGGGCAAUAGUGAACGCCUUGUAUGCGGCUUUCUGUGAGACGGUACUGAAACGCAGGCUGCAGAAAACGGAACGGUGUCUGGCCCGGUAUUUGACCGCUGUAUUACCACUUAGUAACGACUUUGUUUGUGUUUGUGAGUGUGGAGACCGGAGUCAUGGCUAACCGCUCCCUGUGGUCGCUCUGCCUGCUGCUGGCGCUGCUGCUGCCGCUGGAAGUCCUGUCUCAGGACUUUGAACUGUCCGAUGCUCUGGAGGAUGACGACGACAGUAAACCAUUGACCCCCCCACCAAAGCCCGCAAAGCCAGCCGCACCAGCUGGAGGAACGGGAGGAGACUUUAAUCUGGAGGAUUCCCUAGAUGUCGGUGCCACCACCACCUCCACUACCACCAAAGCACCACCCAAGGUUGGGCCAAAAGCCCCUUCAGGUACCAAGGCCCCCGUCAAGCCCAAACCCAAGCCAGCUGCUGAUGAGUUCGACCUGGCUGACGCCUUGGACCCCAACAAUGACAUUGGUGGCAAGGAUAAGAACAAGGGGCAGGGAGGUGGAUUUACUGACGACGAUCUGUUUGAUGUCGGCAAAGACAACACCUACAAUCCUGACAAAGGCAAAGGUGGCCGUCCAAGCAGGGAUGAUCAAAUUAACCAGUAUGACGACAACAACGAGACCACAGCAGAAGUGGGCACCAUUGCAGGGAUUGCAAGUGCGGUUGCUAUGGCGCUGGUGGGUGCAAUCACCAGCUACAUCUCCUACCAGAAGAAGAAACUGUGCUUCAGCAUACAACAGAGCCUGAAUACUGACAUGGUGAAGGCUGAGAACCCUGAGGCCGUGGUGGCUACAGAACCACAAGUCCAACAGACUCUCCUGGAGCCACCCAAUGCUGAGCCUCCCACUGAAGAGAAUGCUGUGUAACAAACACCACACACACAUGCACACACAUGCACGCGCACACACGCACACACACACACACACACACACACACACACACAAGCGCUACAGGAUAGACUGUCUAUUGUAGCAUGUCCUGGUGGAUCCUGCAGCUCUGUGCUAUGAAGGUUGCGAUUUGAAUGUGAACACAGAUUUUUCUUUUUUAAUUCUAUGAUGUAAACAUGGCUUACAGUGUAUUGAACCUUGCCAAAUGUACGUGUGUAUAUAGUAAUUUAUUAUUUACGGUUUAAACAAUACUACAAUUUUUUUUUACAGUUAUCCAGCCUUUAGCAUGUUCUCUGUGAUUCCUCCGCUGUGAGCUGGAGCUCUAGUCUGUAGCAUUUUGCUGAGCUCCAGACACACAGGGACGUCAAAAUACUGAAAAAUGAAAUACAAAAAAAAUGGAUUAUCUUAUUAUACAUUGGAGAAAGAAACUCCUCUGGGUGUGUGUCAAGCUUCUCUAAGUUCACAGGGAGUCAGUCACUGUUCAGUGGACUGGAUUUAAGGCGGAUUAGUUUCCUGAUUGAUUGAGUUUGGUCAGGUAAUUCCAGCUGAACUUCCAGUGAACGCUGCGAUACAUGCCCAGUGUUUUCUCCUCCAUUACAUUUUUUAUGACUACAAAAAGUUGUGUUUCAGUAAUCGGCAACAGGGCCUGAAAUUAGCACCCACACCAAAAUGCAGGUACAUUUUGUCAUUGGCGGGUGGAACUUUCAAUCUACCUGCCUCAUUGGCUACCCUAUGGGAUUUGUUUUGGCACCGUUCUUACCCAUUUUAACCAAGUCCCCAUUUCCUUGGAUUUGAUCUCAAAUGUGUGUUCUUAACAAGUUCAGGAACGAUGCUCGUGCAUUUCCUGUGUUUCACCUUUUAUGAAGCAAAAACUAUAUUGGCUGGUAGAAAGCCUGUGUGGCUAAUGGAUUUUAAAACCCAGCUGCCAUAGCGGCCUGUGGCCAAAACAAGUUAACUUCAGGCCCUGAUCAGCAAUAUCUCAUAUCCUGACUUUGAGUGGAACACAGCAGUUUUGACACAUAACUGAUUAUCAAGUCGUAGAUAUUACUUUUGUUGAUGCACAAUGAUGGAAUCUGGCUCAGAAUCCAUGACUUGGAGUUGUCUUUGCUCACCACAGAUGAGUAGACAGUAAAUGGAGAACAUACCACAAGAUUCCCAAGAUUUCUAUUCAAAGCCUUGUAGCAACUGAUUAUCUUAUUGACUGUGAAAAAGUGGUGGAAUGUGUAUUACUGUCAGAUAAGGUAGUCAACCAGUUGAUGUUACGGCUCAAGCUUGCACUCAUAGAACUCACGUUACACUAUGUAACCAUGAUGUUCACUCACAAUGUCUUGUCGCUAGCAAUCAACAUGUGACUUUUUUAUUUCAUUUAUUACAUUUUCUGUUUACUAUAUUGUCAUAUCAAGGAGAUAAUCCGUGCACUUUUACAUGCACAUGUUGUAUUUUCCCUUAUUCUGAAAAAAGACAAUAUUCAGCUGUUUACAUGGCUAAUGAAAAUAAAUAUUCCACUGACAUUCCCGUUUACAUUUAGCCGUGCAAACGAUCUUGACCGCAGCCCUAAAAACUGCCGGCUGGUUGGUGUGUGUCCAACAACCGUAGCAACACACAGCCGUAAACUGUCACAAACGGCAGUAAAAACCCUGAUGCAGACGCAGACUCCAAAUUAAUCAGAAAAUGCUAUAUUAAGUAAAAGGAUUUUUUCAGAAUAUCCAAAUAAAAUAGGCUGUUUACACGACCUGUAUCAAAUUUAGAACAUUGUCAUAUUCGGGAAAAUAUUGGAAAAAAGUGGAAUAUUGGUGUGCAUUUAAACGUACUCUGCUAUUAUGAUUAUGAUAAUCCUAUCUAUACUCAUUAGGUGAAGUUUCCCAGAAUGUUUAAUUACAUUUUGACCCACUUGGUACAGGUGUUGCUCUGAAAUAGGCUCCACUAUUAGCAGAUAGAGUCCAUUAUUGGGACACACCUCGUAUACUGGACUUACUGCAGCUAGCCACUGUUCACAUUGUCAGUUGCUCCUCACGUUGUUUAUCUUGAUGUACAAAGUUGCCUUAUUCAGAUUUGGAUCUUUUUGCAGUGGGGGAAAAAAUAAGGCAUGCAAACAUUUCUAUCUACUUAGAACCUGUGACUUUUUAUAGUGUAAAUAGAUUCAGUUUUUUGUUCCAACUAGCCUUUUAUUGAUGCCUAAGGACGGGAGCAGGGCUCGGUUUUCCAAAGAUGGUGAAAUAAUCGUGAUGCGAAACAGCUAAAAGUUAAGUCAAAAAACAAAUUGAGUGCAAAAGAACGGUCAGAUUCAACAAGAACAACUCACCAUACUUGUAGCAUAAAAGUGAUGCUAGCUGAAUCGGUUCCACUGCAGUUAGAGCUUAAAAAUGCACAGCGUGUUCUUCUCGGCCUCUGUUCAUUGGAGCAGGAUCUUCCUUCAGUGGGAAGCUGUCUGAAAAAGGAGAAAACCUGAGCACUUUGUUUCCA